ACCCUCCUCUUCCUCCUCUACACCGACCCUCGCGCACCCACACACCACCAUGGGCUCUAUUGACGCGCUUUCGCCCGCUCUGACCGACGACGUCGAGGUCAUCCUCCUCGGCACCGGCACAUCCUCCACCGUCCCCCACGUCGACUGUCUGACCGCCCCGCCCGGCGCAAAGAAGUGCAAAACGUGCUGGUCGACGCUCUACCCUGAGGGCAAGAAGAACAUACGGCGCAAUACCUCCGCCGUCGCCAGAGUCCGCGCGCAGAACGGCGAGCUCGUGACCAUUGUCAUCGAUGUAGGGAAGAGCUUCCAACAGGCCGCAGUCGAGUGGUUCCCGAAGUACGGCCUCCGCAAGAUAGAUGCCGUGCUCAUCACUCACGCCCAUGCGGAUGCUAUGAAUGGACUAGACGACCUCAGAGGGUGGACGCUGCACGGCGCUAUCCAGCCUCAUGUUGAUUUGUACGUCUCCCUUGAGACUUUCCAGGAGGUCGGUAGGGCAUUCCCCUACCUAAUCUCGAAGGAAUUUGCCUCUGGCGGCGGCGAUGUGCCUGAGUUCAAUUGGCAUAUUAUUGAAGACCGAAAACCGUUUACCAUCGGCGACACCGGCAUCGUGGUGGACCCGUUCAAAGUGCACCACGGCCGUGUCUUCUCCGCACCUCCCGUCGAUUUCACGCCCAGCCCCAACUCGGUAUCGCCCGCAUCCACCCACCCAUCGUCUCCGGGCCAGCCGGGCACGCCUGUCAAUGCACGCGCCCUGACGCCAGAGACCGAGCCCGUCAAGGAGAUCUUCCCCUACUUCUGCUUUGGAUUCACGAUUCAGAACGCCGUGACGUACAUCUCGGACUGCUCGCACAUUCCCGAGGACGUCUGGGAACACAUCCGCGCCUCGUAUGCUGCGGCGUACGCAUCUGCGAGGCCGCCGGUGCUUGUGCUCGAUUGCCUGCGCCUCCAGCCACACACGUCACAUCUGAGCCUCGCGCAGGCGGUGGAAAUUGCGCGGCGGAUGGGCGCACGCAAGACGUACCUGACCGGGUUCAGCCACGAGGUCUCCCACGACGAAUAUCGCACGAUUUUGGAGCAGGUGGGAGGACGGACGGCGCCGCAGGACGAAGUCACUGAGGUGGUGAAGCAAGGCCUGGAGACGCUCGAGGACGGCCCCCCGGUGUGGGUGCGCCCUGCGUUCGACGGCCUGCGGGUGUUCAUCUCGCCUUCUGGCAAGGAGGUGCGGGACUCGGAGUACUAUUGACAUGGAAGAAAGAUUGUAUAGAUUGUUGGUGAUAUUCCUACUGUAACAGUUCCGUAUUUGCCUCUUGUAUCUCCCUUUCGUAAUUUCCGCGGCGUAGACAUGUACCAGUGCUCCGUUAUAUUAUACCUAUCAAUUAAAGCAUAAGC